ACCCUUACCCUAACACCCUUCUUUCAUGGCGGCCGCCACCACCAUCACCACCGCGGACGAGCAAGCACCCACCGAGAACGGCUCCACAAAUGCCCCAGCGCUCGACCCACAACCCGCUCUAAACCCUACAACAGACUCUGUUGAAUCCCCUCAAAACGAAAACCCAGACCCUGACUCAGCCGAGGCCACCGAACCCCCCACCACCACUGUACCCACAGAGAAGCGGUGGCCCGGAUGGCCCGGGCACUGCGUGUAUCGGCUUAUUGUACCUGUUUUAAAAGUUGGAAGCAUUAUUGGACGCAAGGGUGAGCUCAUUAAGAAGAUGUGUGAGGAGACUCGAGCUCGCAUUAAAGUUCUUGACGGCCCCGUUGGCAAUCCUGACCGCAUUGUGUUGAUAUCAGGAAAGGAAGAGCUGGAGGCACCUGUUUCUCCUGCGAUGGAUGCAGCGAUUAGAAUUUUUAAACGAGUAUCGGGGUUGCCUGAAAAUGAUGGUGAUGCUAAAGCAGCUACAGCUGCAUUUUGUUCAGUGCGGUUGUUGGUGGCAUCUACACAAGCAAUUAAUUUAAUAGGAAAGCAGGGUUCAUUGAUAAAGUCAAUUCAAGAGAGCACUGGUGCUUCGGUGCGGGUUCUUUCAGGAGAAGAAGUACCAUUUUAUGCUGCCACAGAUGAGAGGGUUGUAGAGAUGCAAGGAGAAGCUGUGAAGGUUCUCAAAGCUCUAGAAGCAGUGGUUGGGCAUCUGAGGAAGUUCUUGGUUGAUCAUAGUGUUCUUCCUCUUUUUGAAAAGACAUACAACACAGCAAUCUCUCAAGAGCGUCAAGUGGAGACCUGGGCUGAUAAGUCAUCACUGCAUAAUGCACAUCAAAGUGGAAUUGGCUCUGAGUAUACACCCUCAACAAGGAGGGAAUCUUUGUACCUGGAACAUGAACCGCAAUUGGAGUCACAUUUUAGAUACUCUGGAAUUUCACUCUAUGGACAAGACCCCUCAAUUUCAGCAAUACGUUCAUCAGGAGUUGCUCGUGCUAGUGGUCCUAUUGUUACACAGGUUGCACAAACUAUGCAAAUACCAAUAUCUUAUGCUGAGGACAUCAUUGGUAUUGGAGGUAAUAGUAUUGAACACAUCCGUCGUACUAGUGGGGCCAUCAUAACAGUCCAAGAGAGCAGGGGAUUACCUGAUGAAAUCACUGUGGAAAUUAAAGGCUCCUCAUCACAGGUUCAGAUGGCUCAACAAUUGAUUCAGGAAUUUAUGAACAAUCACAAAGAACCAGUUACAAGCAGCUAUGGAAAGAUAGACACUGGCUAUAGAUCUUCAUAUUCUCAUUUGGGGAGUUCAUCGUACUCAUCAUCCUCAUUAUCAUCACAACCUUAUGGUGGCUAUGGUUCUUCCGGUGUCGGGGGCUAUGGUUCUUCUGGUGUCGGCGGCUAUAGUAGUUAUAGGCUUUGAGUGGACAGCCACAGAAUCAUCAGCCUCCUUGUUUGGACAGAUUAGAGGUGAGAGAAUCACUCUUGGAAUGUAGUCUGUGUAAGUAACUGCAAAAAUUAGUUCCAGCUUUUGGUUGAUCUUACAUUAUCCAGAUAUUAAGUACUGAUUAUGUUUAAGAUAGCUGAAUGGAAAAGAUGUAAUGAAAAUAGUUGUAAUUUUUUUAUCUUUGUGUUCUUGGAUGUUAAUCAAUACAGCAGUUGGAUCACGUAUUGCAA